UUCCUCGAUUUGACUUGCUGAUUUGCUCAGUAGUCAAAGGAUGUACAACAGGGAACAGGAUCCUUUAAAGAGUGAAACAUGGUUAUGUGUGAUGACAUGCUUAGAGCUCUGUGAACAUGACAGCCAGUAAAAACCUUUGGUGGUGUCACUCCGAACCCAACUGGAACAGUUGGCGAGUUGGACCCUCAUCACCUGAUGCUUGUCAUCUGUCACCAUGCGUGUGAAAGAGGGAAGGCUGUGAAUAAUCCCACUAUCUCUGCUAGAUAGAUAAAAGCUGUCUGCUGUCACUUCCUGGACAUAUUGUUCCCUGGCGGAAAAGGCAGGUGCGACGUCAGCUCCUGGCCGCCUCACCGUUCUCUCGCAAAGAAUCUCGCCCUGUCGAAGUUCACAUUGACGUGGGUGAAAGAGCACCUGACAGUGAGCUGAGGGUGAUGCUAAUGUCCUGCUGGAGAUGUGACCUCAGCAUCGGGGUCAUAAACAAAACGAAACGCCCGAUUGUGAUAAGGAGCCUUGACGCAACACAUUCAUCUGCCGUGUGUGUACCUGGGCAAUAAGUAGGUGAAAAGUCACAGCGCAGGUGAGGCUGCUGGGUCACAGGCCCCUUGCGGCUUCCUCUCUUCGCUGGGUGUGGCAGCAGUUUGGACCGUGAUCUGUUUAGCAGUUUGGUAUUGCAGUUGACCGGCCAUUUCAGUGUGUCAUACAUGUGAUUUAGAACGUUUUUGUUUUUUUAAUUUGACGUGAUGGUAGUCUUUUUACACACAAAUGUUUUUUUUAAAUACGUGUCUAUUAGUCCACAAGCAGCAACUUGUAUAAAACCAUCAAUGUUGCUUUUCUGUCAUUUGACAACUGUGACUUCGAAGCUUAUGAAUUUUCCGCAGAACUUUGUCACUUGUGGUAAAAGUUAACGCAGCGGUUGCCUACGUUCAUUCUGGUGGUGUGUUUGAAAACAGCUGGGAGAAAAAGAUUGCCACUCUGUGGCAGGAGGACAGAUGUGCAUUUUGAUAGAGGACCAGAGGAGCCAUGUGGCCUUCUGCAGUCAGCGUGGUCAUCGUUAGCCUGAUGAGUGUACGCCUUUGAUUUUCGGGCAAACGGGGACAUGGCAUCGGGGGCUGGGGAAGAUGCUUGUUCUUCUGCUGUGCCCCUUUCAACCCCGUGGCCCUCCACCACCUCCACAAACACAGUCUGCUUAGAUGUACGUCCUUGUCGUUCUCAGUUCUCUUCCAGCCCUUUCUGCUUGGGAACAACAAAUUUGGCCUGGGGUGUAAUUCCCCAGAACAACUGCUCUUAAUAUAAUGUCACAUUGUAUAAAAACUUCUGGGGGGUCGGGGGUGGACUCUGGACUCAAUAAAUUAAGCUGACCCAAAGAGCUAAAUUAGGUAGACAAUGGGAAAUUUCCCUGUAAGAGUAAUAUGGAGGGGGACUCUUUAAUGAGAGAGCUGAGGGGGUUGCUGCUUGAAGGAGAGACUGGGACCUGGAGAAGGAAGUGGGCGGAGAUGAUACGUAUGGGGGUGGGUGCUGGGGGGGCAGUCAGGGAGAUGUACAAGUGGAGGACGGCCGAUGGCUCAGUCACACACCGGUCCUGCAUUGGAGUGGACGCUCCACCGCCGGACGAAGCACCCUAGAGCUGGCCUGACAUUGUCCUGCUUCAGCGGAACCUUCCAGAACUUCCUGCAGAGUGAAGAUUAAUCCCAGAGAAGGUGCGAGGGAUGUGGCUGCAUGCGUACCUGGUGAUGCUGCUGGUGUGCAGCUCCCUGUGCCAGAGGGAAGGGCCUGACUCCUUGUGGGAGGACCCUGGAGAGGUGGGGCAGCUGGAUGAGGACCUGCUGAACCUCAACAUUCAGAAGAGCAGGGGGCUUCCCAGGACCUUGGAAGCCACCUUGCGGAGGAGCCGGCCCCAGCAGCGCCCGCCCGCCCCAAAGAGGAGCCCCCAGGGACCGCGCUUCGCCCUGUCGCUGGACGUCCCCACCAGCAUCCUGAGUGUCCUCAUAGACCUGGCCAAGAACCAGGACCUGCACGCUAAGGCAGCGGCCAAUGCGGAGCUCAUGGCCCGCAUCGGGAGGAGAAAGUAGAACCGUGGGGGUCAGAGGUGAUAUUGGGGCGGGCGGCGGGCUCUGGGUGUUUUCUUUACUUAAUGUGUUCCUUUAUUUCCGGGUGUUACGUUCUUUGCAUAAUGUAGGUUUCAUAAGCACCGGAACAGGGGAGCAACGAAUAUUCCAAAGUACAAACAUUAUGCGGUUUAUUUUUAGUCGCAUGGCAAAAAUGUCCUAUAUUUAGAUGCCCAGCCGAUUGCUGGCACCGAGAGGCACUCAAACAGAAUAGAGAUGGAAUAGCGGUGUGGGUCCACCUCGAUUCAACUCACUUUCACAGUGUUU